AGUAUGUGUGGUUCAUUUGGAAUAUGUACCUCGAGAAUACUAAUGACAACGGCUGAACGGUCGAUAAUCUCUUUGACUAAACGUCGAAGGUAUUCAACCUUGGCGUAAGUAGAAACUACAAAGACUCAUUUAGAAAGUUCUUGUCUUAGUAAACGUGCAACAAAUGUUGAACUACAUUAUAGAUACGAACUGUGAUUAUAGAAUAAAAAACAAAUUAAAAAAAUGAACAUAUUGGAUUUAAGAUGAAAAUUAUGUGGAAAGUUUUAUUGGCGUUUUCUUUUAUCAUUCAUGGAUAUUGUCAAGAUGAAGAUGGCCCCUACAAAGGAAAAUACUUGGGUAAAUUGAAUUCCUAUCAUCACCAAGUCUCAGGUGAUGUUUAUGCUGUAAAUGACUGGACCUUGUUACUGACUUCCUUUAGUUACGAUGGCAAUGGAGCAGAUACUUUUUUUUGGGCAGGUGCUGCCAACAGACCAGGUCCCCAAGGAUUUAUUGUGCCGGAUUCUAAUGGAAAGACCAACGUAUUAGAGCGUUACUUCAACAAAGAUUUCACUUUAAUACUUCCGGAUAAAAAAAAGAUAACAGAUAUCAAAUGGUUUGCUAUCUAUGAUAUUUGGAGCCAAAAUACGUUCGGUGACAUUUACAUCCCCGAGGGAUUUGAGCCUCCAACAGUUCAAAGAGUGGCAUCGUUAAUAGGGAAAGUUAAUGAAAUAACCACAGGAUCAGUGGAGAUUAUAGAUGCCAAAAGGAUCAGACUUAAUCAAUUUUCUUAUGACGGAAAAGCAGAAAAAGCUUACUUUUGGGUCGGGGUUGGAGCUCAACCAGUCUCCAAAGGUUUCAAAGUUCCAGAUGAAUAUGGAUAUUUGGAUCCAUUGAGAGCCUAUAAAAACUUAACUAUCACUCUAGAAUUACCAGGGGAUAAAACGAUAUUUGAUAUCGAUUGGUUUAGUAUUUUUGACCAUGAAACAAAUCAAAAUUUAGCAUCUAUCAUAAUACCAGAAGCACUUAACGUACCACCAUCGUUGAUUAAAAUAAUUCCUCAUAAGAAUGAUCUUCCAAAUUGCCUCCAAUUACAUAAAGAUCUUCAAGUAUCUUGGGAAGUUUUUGGUCCCCAGGUAACAAUUCAGUUAGCAGGACAAGUUGAAGAAAACGAGUAUAUGGCGUUUGGCAUAUCUGGCUCCCCUGACAAGAGUCAAAUGAUUGGUGCUGAUGUAGCAGUUGCAUACAUCGAUGGAUAUAGAGGUUUUGCUACUGAUUACAAUAUAACAGCUUUAACCCCAUGUGUUAAAGUUUUGGGCCAAUAUAAAGGUGUAUGUAAGGAUGAAAUGGUAGGAGGUCAAGAUAAUAACCAAAUGAAUACUGCAGUGCGAGAAAAUGGAAUUAAUAUAAUUACUUUCAGAAGAGUUUUAAUAUCUUCUGAUUCGGGAGAUAAAGAAUUCCCUGCGGAAGGAUCCAUGUAUGCUAUUUGGGGAAUAGGAAAGCUAAAUGAAAUGAAAGAACCAGCUUUUCACGACCUAUAUUCAAAGACUGAUAUAAAAAUUGAAGUAACCCCUAAAGAACCGCAAAAUAACUGUUUCUCAUUCACAAGGUCGAAGGUGGAAUCACCGGAGCCUUGGAAGAAAGGACAAAUAUUUGAUAAAACUAUUAGAAUUUUCAACUCAUAUAUUGGACCUUCUGGAGGUAAAAAAGGAUAUCAGGCCAUAACAGGUCAUUCAUCAACAGCUCUAGCAUGGUACAUAAACGGACUCCUGGCUCCUGAGAUUUGGUUAAGACGUGGUCUUUCUUAUGCAUUUAAAGUAUAUGGUGGCAACGACCCUCACAGUCCCGAGUAUUAUCAUCCUCUCAUCAUAACAGAUGAACCUCAUGGUGGAUUUGACAGGCUUACUGACGAAGCACAAUCAAAAAUCAGAGUAUUAGUCGGAGUAGAAUAUUCCAGAAGAGGAAGACCGAGACCAACCACAUCCGGUACACUGUGUUUAUCAAAACAUAAAACGAAUCAAGACAGAAGACUGGACGACGAUUAUGAAUCCUUCAAAAAAUUCAAUCGAUCUCUAACAUAUUAUUGUGAAAAAGGCGAUCCUGGAGUUCUAGAGUUCACUCCCAAUACAUCUUGGCCCGAUAUAGUGUAUUACAACUCAUUUACGCAAGCAAAUAUGGGUUGGAAAAUACACAUCGUGGAUAGUUUCAAUCAAAGAACUUCUUCCAGUAGUUUGAAAAUUGAAUAUCACGGAUUUGUUAUUAUCGCCUUGCUCUUGAUUAGCUUUUUUACAAUAAACAUUUAGAAAAU